UUUGUCAUCCCGCCUCCACCGAUUUGGAUCUUUUACAAGAACAACACAAAAACCUCCACCGUCUCGUCUGGCUGCCCAAAGGCAUUCGCCUUCUUUCUCCUCUUCGCUUUGACCUGCGACAGACAAUAAAUCGUUCAAACAACACGAUCGCAUCACUUUUGUUGUCGCCUCCGCAAACCAAAUCAUCGAUCGGCCUGUUCUCGUCUUCUCACAGGGCAUGCAGCAACCUUCAUCUGCGCUAUCUGAAAGGCCCUGGUGGUGGCUGUCAGGCCUGUGGUGGCAGCUUCGUACAGUUGACGAGCUCUGAUUCCAGCGAAGGCUACGCAGUUCACGAUACCCUCUAGCACGCCGAGGGACAUUUCCAGCGACCUGUUCUCACUGGCUUCACAAUACCUGUCAGCGCUCAAGACACCCCCCUGAAACCCAAGUUCGCCAUUCCGUCUUUGCCGGACCUUCUUUUGCAGCUGCCGCGCAGGUUACAAAGGAAGCAUCAACUGGUAACCGCCCCGACAGAGAGAAGGAAAACAACCCUCAAAACAAUAGUACACCAAGCACUGCAACCCGUGCAGAUUUUAAGCGCUGGGAUUUCGCCAUUACGCCUAACUUCUGUCGAUCAACAGUUACAGGACAGUUGACGCAAGAAAAAAAGAGAUCAGCUGGCAAACGGAAAGCUUACACCUGACUGCCUUAUCUCGACCUUCUUCGCCAUAGCGCCGAGACUUGCAAACACCACAUUGCGCAACAGCUGGUCCAAGCUUGCAGUACCUCGCGACCUUACUCCGUUGUGGCAUACAAGAUACUGGCGGCCGUUAUCUUGCCAUCCUCCUACAAAGCCUUUCGCAGGCCUUGCUGGCUUAUUCAGCUGUCAUUGUAUGCGCUGUUUGAUGACUGAUAAGGUAUCUAGUCCAUCUUAUACAAAAACACGACAAGUAAACAACAAGGUCCACGAAUAUUUCCAGCACGACAUCUCAAGAUUCCCAUACAAUUGAUUCCUGGACACCUUCGUCGUGCCGAGCGAAAUAUCUUUGCAACAUCCAAUCGGCAUAACGCACACGAGCUGCCACAAGCCAACUCCCAACCUCGAAUACAUUUCUUACACCCAAACAGCGCCAUAAUCGCUGUUUUACCGCAAUGUCAACUCUUGGGAGCUCGUUGAAACGUUCAUUCACCCCGUCACAAAUAAUGCGGCCCAACAUGCCUCGGAGAACGUUGUCUGGUUCCUCCCACGGUUCCUGCCCGUCUCCUAGCCCCUUGUCAGACGAGCAGUUCGCCUUCUCAGCGGGUAACACGCCCGUGCGGGAAAUCCCGCCCUCGUAUGUGGCGUCUGCUGGUUACAAUUCGAUGACAGGGACACCCAGAGAUGCCCUUCUUUUCGGUACCAGAGAAGUCAACAGUAAAUCUCAAACCACCACCUUUGUGUCAGAAUCCAAGAAUGCAUCCAAGGUCAUAACUCGAAGCAAACCUAUCGCAAUUGAACUACCAUCCACCAGGAGACUUAGUACCGCUCCUGUUGAAACACCGCCGUCACCCCUCUCUGCUCGAGGGGACAUCCAAGGGGGGUACUUCCCUCACCACGAGGACCCAGCUACCCGAGUUCAUCGACCUCACCCAUUCUUCACUCUUGAUCCAAGCAAGGCACGCCAUCAAGCCUUACACAAGGCGGCCGAAACUACACACUUUUCUGUUCCCCUCACUGAUUCUCGAGUACGGACGAUGGCAAACGAUCUGUCUCACUCUCACUUGGGCUCCUCAGUUGGUACCACUGGGUCAGCUGGCCUGCAUACGCCGGUGUCUUCCUAUAUGCCGUCUGGUGUACACGACAACAUUGCGCUCCCGAUGGGAAAGUACUACCCGACGAACUACGAAAACCGGAUGGCCAGCAACUCGAACCAGUACAAGAGGCCCUCAGCAAGAGCGGAUGCCGCAGGAGUUGCUCACUCUGAACCCCAGCUGAAAUACCGCCGAGAGAACAGCCGCCUACGCACAGGUUCCGAUGCUAAGCGCCUAGUUGAACAGUAUCAGAGAGAUAUGGUGGCCCAGGCAUCAAUGGCGCUUUUCUCCAACGCCUCCAGUAUGUCACCGUCGACUAGGAUAUCUGACAACGCGGCGUUGAAGAACAUCCAACUAGGGGCUACAAUGCUCAAGACGCACAAGCCCCUGUCUCCCAGACUUGUGCCGCUAGGAAGCCCUGGACCUGUUACGCCGAUGGAGUUGGACGGCAACGGAGACGGCUACUUAAGCAGGGGACGAGCCGCUGUGGGGUUGGAUGCCGGAUCACAGAACGCGGACAUCGCCAGGGUCAUCAGAGUGGAGGAGAGACAACGAAUAGAGGUCCAGUCGCCUGGCAGGGACAUGAAGUCAUCAUUUUGAGGUGGACUGUGGCUGAUGAUGGGCUUAGCUGGGUCAUCAGUUGGUGGAUCGUCAGGUUGGAUGCACUCGUGGGCAGUGAAGCGGUUAUGUUCAGGAAAUUGGUUUUCUUUUGUUUCCAUCACCCACGUUAUCCAAAUGGUGCAUGAACAUGGCAUGGAAAGGAAGGCUCAGGCUACAGGCUAUAGGCUGCAUCAUCCCUCCCUUUGUCGGUUAGAGGACAUGUGUUAUUGAUACCCCGUUCAAUUUUUUUCGAAUUAAAAGCGUAUGCACACACUUGGUAAACUGGGGAAUCUUAUAGAGGAGGAAUUUGAGGCCCACAGCACAAAAGGGAGUGGUUCGUUUGAAAAAGGGUAAGGUUUCAACCCAGCGUCGAGUGUAUAUUUCUUUUCCUUUUUCUUUGUCCUGAGUUUUUGGAUUCGAAUUGCAACUUGUAACAGGUUUUGAACGGGGUACGGGAGGACUUGUAUACAGCAAUCGAAAUUGUUCUUGAAUUUCCUUAUCAGUUGGUACAUCAUUGAUCAAGUGUUUACACCAAAAAAAAAAAAGCACCCGGG